AUGUCACGUGAUGCAGUUUAUAUUACCAUAUUGCGUAAUCCCGGCAUACAGUUCGAAUCCCUAUUUUCAUAUUAUGCUGCUGGUAGACAUCUAGGAAUCACAUCUAGAGAUCCACUGAAAGAUUUCAUAUCAUCACCAGAAUACUAUUACGAUGCAAAUGUGGUAUUGUUUCCACUAAAAAAUCCAUUUCUAUUUGAUAUGGGAUUCGGUGCUGACAGCUGGGAGUAUGACGAGAAUAUCAGUGAAGCAAUCAAGCUGAUUGAAGACACCUAUUCUUUGGUUAUGAUAUGCGAGUAUUUUGAUGAGUCACUCAUUUUACUUGGUCGACUGUUAUGCUGGGAUUUGGAUGAUAUAGUUUAUUUUGCGCUGAAUCAACGGAUGCAAUCUUCACAAGCUUCUGGUAUUACACAAUCUAUCCAUGAUUGGAACAGAGGGGACUAUUUACUCUAUCAACACUUCAAUAAAACUUUUUGGAACAAAGUAGAACAGUUUGGUAAAAACAAAAUGGCCGCCGAGGUUGACAUUUUACGAACACGAAUCCGUGAUUAUUGGAGUUUAUGUAUCAUGGAGGUGACAGUUAAUGGUGAAGGGGUAUGGGCAGAGAAUGGGGUCCGAAUUAAAACAUACAAACUAAAGGAGUCAGCAAAGCAUAAUUCACAAUGUCAAAGAAUGGUGAUGCCGGAAGUGACGUACACUAAAUUACUACAAGAAGCGCAGUAUGCAAAAAUAUAUAAUAUGAAAAACAGUGUAUUGUAG